UUGAACACUAGCCAAUGCACGCUAUGCUCGCCGCUGACAACAUGGCUGAAGCAGCUGAGCUUGCAGCUGUACAAGAAGCAAGAAUACGACGCGCUCCUGUGCCGCCUGCAUACCGUUUCACUGGAGGAAGUGCACCAUGCCUUGAACAAUGAGUUCCACUGGGACAUGGCCAUCAGGGAGCUGAUAUCGUUCCGCAACUACACCAAGUACGAGCUGAACAAGUCACUAAACGAGCUGCUGGGGCAAGUCAAGCUGCACCUGCUGGAAGACGUGGCCGCCGACACCAGCCGCGUGGCCGCCUGCCUGGCGGGGAACGUCACGAGGAACGAGUUCGGACAUGCUGCGCUUUUCCUCACAGUCCUCGCUCAGACGACUACCCUCAUCCGAGCGGAACUGCCCCACCUACACGAGAUAGACGGCGUGAAAGAAGUAGCUUUUCUCAAGGAGCUGGCCUCACAAAUAGCUCCCAACUUGGAUGUCUACGAGCCGCUGAAGCAGUACUUGAAAGAUGGGAACAGCUUGGAACAAGACUUGAGGAAGUUAGGAGACGAGCUGGCGAUGAAAGUGCGGGAGGGUGACGUGAAUUUGAGAUUGCUUAAAAAAUCCCUGGACCAAAACUCAAUGGAAAACUUUGUAGUGCUACAAAACCGUAGCCGUGGAGAGUUAUGCCCUCACUCGGAUUGUGCUGUUCUUAUGGAUAUUAUCAAGAAUAACGUCAACUCUACGCUUAUUGCUAACGAUUUACCAAAACUCCAAGAAACGGAGUUCUGGAAGUUCCAGCAUGUGUCGAACAUCUUGUUCCACGUAGAACAGCUGCUCAAACACCUGGGCAGGCUGGUGGGGCUGGCCAGUACUAUGGAUGUGGCUGGAGUGCUCAAAGGAAGGCUUGCUCCUACCCUCGACUUGGUAUUGGAGAUAUUGGCAGAGGAUCCCCUCAAUAGCGUCAUCUACAGUCUCCACGGCAUCCUUGAACAGCUGCGGCCGCUGCUAGGCAACUCCACCCUGGAGCACGAUCUACAGGCCCUGACAAGUGGACUUCAAGUGCUGCAUCAGUACAAAACCUAUCUGGAGAAACAGGACUUCAAAAUCCCGGUGUGGGAGGUGUUCUUGAGCCUGGACCGCGUGGAGUCGGCGCUGGCGGCGCUGGGCAUCAACAACACCAACUUCUGGUCUAUUGCUGCGCCGCGCAUACACGCCGGGUACAUACUGCUCAAGCCGAUCCUUUCCUGGAAGCCAGGCGACCACAUAGCCAACUACGUGUGCCAGCUGGAAGCCAUGUCGCGCGCGCUACAGCCGGCCGACCUGGGCGUGGUGUCGCGCGAUGACGUCAGCGGCGCCGUGGCCGAGCAGCUGUGCGGCCUGCCCGACGAGCGCGCCAAGCAGCUGCUCGUGGCUUUGAUGCAGAACUUGAACUUCAGCUAUAUUGUGGACAAAGUGACCGCAGCCCUCCUCGUACAACUCUACACAGCCUCCAACCUCACAGAAGCAGAGGGCACAGCAGUAACGCAAGGUCUACCUCGCAUGGCCGCCGUGCUGCCUUCAGUACAGGCUCAGAUCAGCGAGGUGGCAGACUCUUUUGCUGAAGAGCCAUUGUUCAAGAGCCUGGCCAACUUCAGCUCCGUCGGGGGACUAUUGGGAUCGUCAGAGUUUCUAGCGAGUGCGGGCAACAUGCUGUGCGGGACGCCUUUCUCUGCUGCUGUGCCGCGGCUGUACCGCAGUGUCAUCGCCAGCCCCGACAAGGCUGACAAGCCGGAUGAGCGACAACUACAAGCACUGCCUACGGAUUUCUGCCGCUCGCUGUACGCAGACGUGACGGCGCUGCAAGGCGGCAAAGUGGUGUGGAGUUUCAUCAAGCCGCUGCUCAUGGGCCGUGUGCUCUACGCGCCGCCCGGGCCCGCUGUCGACCGGAUCAUACGACAAGCCAACUCAACCUUCGCGCACAUGUCGCGUCUCGCGGACCUAGUCCACGCAUUCGCGGCGUCCUUCCCAGCCGUGGGCGAGCUGGCCUCGCACGCGGCGGGAGCAGAAGUGAUGACGAGGCUGCUAGCAGCGCCUGCCUUUGAGGACCUGAGGACCAUGCUGCUGGGAGACGCUGAAGUGGCUGAUGUGGAGUUCAGUGGGGUGCUGGAUAAGCUGGGAGACGUGCAGGGUCUAGGCAACAUCCUGUCCAAAGCGUCGGAACUCCUGCGCUGCAUCAACCUGAACCGCUUCCACGCGGCUCCCACCGAGGAAGCGCUCACGCAUCAAGCCGCCGAACUUACUAUGCUCAACGAGUUCUCCGCAGGUCUCGUGUUCCUGAAUACCGACGAAUCCUUCACAAACAUCGAAUAUAAAAUCCGGAUGGACAUAGAAAACACUCCUACAACCAGAAGGAUGAAGAACUACCUCUGGAUCCCCGGGCCGGAGGCGUCCUUCCUCGAAGACCUGCGCUACUUCCGCGGCUUCGUUCAGAUCCAAGACCUGGUGGACACCGCCAUCAUCCAGCUCGCCAGGAACGCCUCCCGGAGGAGCAAGAGGGAGGCCACAGGAGGAGAACCAGACUGGGCCGUUUACACGCAGCAGGUGCCCUACCCCUGCUAUAGGAAGGACUUCUUCCAAACGUCUCUGUAUGAGUCGCAGGCGCUGAUCGUGGCGUUCUUCUUCUCGAUGCUGUUCACCGUGGCCUCUGUGGUGCGGUUCGUUGUAGCUGACAAAGAAUCUGGCAACACUAUGCUGAUGCACGUGAUGGGCGUGGAGCUCCGCUGGCAGACGCUAUCGUGGUUCCUGUGGAGCGCACUGGAGGCGCUGGCGGCGAUGGCGGGCGUGGCGCUGGUGCUGUGCGCGGGCGGCGUGCUGGCGCGCACAGCGCCCGCGCUCGUGCUCGCGCUCGCCGCCGCCUUCGCCGCGGCCGUGCUGUGCUUCUGCUACAUGAUGUCGAAGCUGUUCAGCUCGGCCAGCUCGGCGGCGGUGUGCGGCGCCGUCGCCUACCUCGUGACCUUCAUGCCCUUCGUGCUCAUCCUGUCGCUCGAGGCCGUCAUCUCGCGCGCCGCCAAGAUCCUCAUCUGCCUGUCCAUGUCGUCAGCGCUAUCCUACGCGUUCCUACACGUAGCGCGGCUGGAGGCAGCGGGCACGGGCGCGCACUUCGAGGGGCUGUGGGACGUCACCGACGACGAUGACGUCAGCAUCGGGCUGGCCGCCGUCAUGAUAAUCGUCGACGCGGUCAUUUACUUCGUGAUUGGCUACCUUAUUGAUCGGUUCUUUGGCCUCAAGACUCUCCAAAGCAACAUCACAUACUGCACCACAACAGACGAAAAGGCUGGCGUUAGCAUCAUCAACGUCACCAAGUGGUACGGCUCGCGGCUGGCACUCGACAACGUGUCCAUGGAGCUGCACAAGGGGCAGGUCACCACGCUGCUGGGGCACAACGGCGCCGGCAAGACCACGCUCAUUAAGAUCCUGACAGGCAUGUUAUCCCCUAACGCCGGGCACGUGGUGGUGCGCGCGGAGAGCGCGCGUGCAGUGCGCGUGGGCGCGUGCCCGCAGCGCGACGUGCUGUACGAGCAGCUCAGCGCGCGCGAGCACGUCGCGCUCUACGCGCAGCUUAAGAGUGGCAAGGCGUUGGAGGAGGUGCAGGAUGAGGUGGAGAGCAUGCUCCGAGUAUUGAACCUGGGCCCUGUGAGCGAGGAGCCAGCUUGCCGCUUGUCAGGCGGCACGCGGCGGCGCGUGUGCGUGGCGCUGGCCUUCGUGGGCCGGCCGCACCUCGUGUCGCUGGACGAGCCCACCGCCGGCGUCGACCCCUCGCACCGCCGAGACAUCUGGUCGAUGAUCGUGAAACUGAAGGAAGAGCGGACGGUUCUGCUCACCACGCACCACCUCGACGAGGCCGAGCUGCUCAGCGACCAGAUCGUCAUCAUGCACAAGGGUCAAGUCCACACCUCCGGCUCGCCCAUCGAGAUCAAGCGCUCGCUCGGCAACGGCUACAAGCUGUGCGUGUCGUACGCCGACACAACCGACGCCGACGCCGACAUAAUCGCCGACACCGACACCGACGCCGACGCCGACGCGUGCCUACACGAGCGCAGCAAACGGCUGCUGAGUGUAGUCCGGGAGGCCAUAGCCAAUGCUAACUUGCUGGAGAUCAACGGACUUGAUGUGGAGUUGUCGCUGCCCUUCUUUGAUGCCAAUGGACUGAAUAACGACUUCCUCAAACUAUGCACAUCACUGGAAUCGAGCCAGGAGGCGCUGGGCUUCCGCGACUACUCGCUGGAGUGCAGCAGCCUGGAGCAGGUGUUCCACAACGUGUGCUCGCAGGCCGAGCUCACCAGCCACGCCAUAGAGGACGCGCCAGAGGAAUCGGCAUCAAAGAGUGCGUCUACUUCAAGCGUGCGCACGGAAGCGGCUCCGCUCGUGGGCGGCACGGGCCCGCUGACGGGCGGCGCGCUGCAGCACUGGCGCGCGCUGCUGCGAGCCAGAUACCUGCACUACUCCCGGAACAGGUGGCUACUGUUCGUGCUGCUGGUUCUCCCGUCGCUGUUCGUGGGUAUCGCGAUGGCGUUCUCCACCAUCCGGCCGCCUGCUGACAACGAGAUCGCUCUGCGGCUCUACCCCGGCCUCUAUGCUAACACCACGCAGUUUAUCGUGCCAGAUCCGUCAAGCUAUUCCGAGAACGUGGACCCAACGUUUGCACAACAUGUCCUGGAUUACUUAAUGAUGGGUGAUGGUGCCCGAAACUGGACUCAAGCGGACACACCGACUUGCCAGUGCAGCGACAGCAUACAGCAGUGCAACGCAAGCAAUGCUAUCGACAAGCCGAGUAUGAUGGUAUUGCCAGACGUAAAUACUCUCAACGAGUGGCUCGUCAACUCGCAGAAGGACUACAUUGAAAAAAGAUAUACGGGCUUCACGGCAUCCCUGGCCAACAACAAGACGAACCUAAUCGCGUGGUACAACAACAAAGGGCACCACGCGCUGCCCGCCGCCCUAUCCGCCCUACACUCGGCCGCCCUACGCGCCGCCCUACGCGCGCCAGCCGCCAUCACCGCCUACUCGCAUCCCAUGAAGAUCUCGCCCGAGCAACUAUAUUAUUCAUGA